AUUUAUUUUAGUUUGUCGUCCAACGGAAACGUAUCCACUGUUCGCUUCUUCUUCUGAUCAUCCUCCGUAGCUCAACCAUGGAGUCAAUCCACUGCAAUAGUUUAGUAAACCCUAAUUUCUCCUUAAAUCAGCGUCAUCGGAGAAUAAAUCGCGCUGUUCUUGAUCGGAGAGAUGCUCUUUUGCGAAAUCUCAACGCCGUGGAGUUGCGGCGGAGCAGGACGUUCUCGACUGUACGGACUUCUAAUUUUUCAGUUACUGCGGCGGCGACGGAUGUUGGUGGUCGGAAUUCGACGGAUGCUUCGGUAAUGACAACGGCGAUGAGCGGGGUGGAGAGAGGUAUGCGAGUAGGGAAAUCAAGCUCCGCGCUUGAGCAGCUUGAUAUCGAGCGAGGCGUUUGCGUUCCAUUCCGAAAGUAUUCUCCGGAGACUGUGAGGAGUAAAGUGCUGGAAUCAAGAGGAGCAGUAGUCUCUCUAGUUUCAAGGGGUGUGGAGAUUGUUUGGACUCUUGGGUUGUAUUGGUCUACCUUAAUGUAUGAUUUUCUUGUUGGAAGGGACGAGGAAGUUGUCCCCUUUCGUGCUCGCCAGCUUCGGAACCUGUUGUGCAACUUGGGGCCUUCAUUUAUCAAAGCUGGACAAGUUCUGGCAAAUAGGCCUGAUAUCAUCCGUGAAGACUACAUGAACGAGCUCUGCAUUCUCCAAGAUGAUGUUCCUCCAUUCCCCAACGAGGUUGCUUUCAAUAUCAUUGAGGAAGAGUUAGGCCAACCUCUUGAGGCCAUAUUUAGCAAGAUUUCUUCAGAAACAAUAGCAGCUGCAAGCUUGGGACAAGUUUAUCGAGCUACUCUACGUGCCACUGGAGAGGAUGUUGCUAUCAAGGUGCAGAGACCACAAAUAGAGCCCAUAAUUUACCGGGAUCUCUUUCUUUUCCGAACCCUCGCCUCAUUCUUAAAUGGCUUCAGUCUACAGAAACUGGGUUGCAACGCAGAGCUAAUAGUUGAUGAAUUUGGAGAAAAGCUUCUGGAGGAGCUUGACUAUACCUUGGAAGCCAGAAACAUUGAAGACUUUCUGGAGAACUUCAAAGAUGACCCCACAGUCAAAAUUCCUGGAGUAUACAAGAAUCUUUGUGGUCCGCGGGUUCUGGUAAUGGAGUGGAUUGAUGGUAUUCGGUGCACUGACCCACAGGCCAUCAAGGAUGCGGGGAUUGAUUUAAAUGGAUUCUUGACUGUUGGCGUAAGUGCUGCUUUAAGGCAGCUGUUAGAAUUUGGAUUGUUCCAUGGAGAUCCACAUCCUGGAAAUAUCUUUGCAAUGCAAGAUGGGCGUAUUGCUUAUGUGGACUUCGGUAAUGUUGCUGUACUGAGUCAGCAAAACAAGCAAAUUUUGAUUGAUGCUGUUGUUCAUGCGGUUAAUGAGGACUAUGGGGAGAUGGCAAAUGAUUUCACUAGGCUUGGGUUCUUGGCCAAGGAUACUGAUGUUUCUCCUAUCGUUCCAGCUUUAGAAGCCAUAUGGCAGAACUCGGCAGGGAAAGGACUUGCAGAUUUCAAUUUCCGUAGUGUUACAGGCCAAUUUAACAAGCUUGUGUACGACUUUCCCAUCCGUAUCCCGGAGCGGUUCUCUCUUGUUAUUCGUUCUCUGCUUACUCAGGAGGGUAUAUGUUUCACGCUGAAGCCUGAUUUUAAAUUUCUAGAGGUUGCUUAUCCAUAUGUAGCAAAACGGCUCCUAACGGAUCCAAAUCCUGCACUUCGGGAACGCUUGAUACAGGUUCUAUUCAAAGAUGGUGUUUUCCAAUGGAAAAGGCUGGAAAACCUUUUAUCACUUGCAAAGGAAAACGUUGCCAAAAUGAGUAGCAAUCCUAAUCUACGAGUAAAGCGUGUGGAGAGUAAGCUUGACUUGACAGAUACCAUUAAGGACGGAGCUCGUCUUUUCCUCCUUGACGAAGGCAUCCGCAGGAAACUUAUUCUUGCACUCACAGAGGACUCGAAGCUUCACGUAGAAGAGCUUGUGGACGUAUACAGAUUGGUUGAAGACGAAGUAGAUAUUCCCACACUGGCCAUGGAAGUUGUGCGAGAUUUACCGAAUGUUUUCCGAGAUUUUGUGUUGUCAUGGAGCAACUCGCCCUCUUCUUUUUCUUCAUCUUCUAUCUCUUCCUCAGUAACAUCAGCUGACACAGAAGAUGGUUUAGCUGUCUGGGAGAACAAUCGGAACGCCAUCGUCAACACCUACCAGCGUCGAUCUGCGAUUCCCGAUAGAAGUCAAGUGCUUAAGGGAUGCAUCGGGAAGCCGCUGAAGAAAGGAUCUUCUUCUGUAUCUAAAAAUCUCAAGAGGAAGCGCAAUUAUACGCAAUUCCACUUAGAGUUGGGCCAAUCUGAUUUUCUUCUCAGACAUUGCGCACAAUGUGGAGCUAAGUAUGCUCCUGGAGAUGAAUUAGAUGAGAAAAACCAUCAAAGUUUUCACAAGGACUAUAUGUAUGGAAUCCCUUUUAAGGGUUGGCAGAACGAGAAAGCGUUCACAACGCCUUUGUUCAACAAGAACCGCAUCAUUAUGGUAUCAGAAACUGAUUCCCCUGCACACAGAAACAAGGUGCAAGAGGUUGUGAAAAUGAUGGAGGUUGAGUUAGGUGAGGAUUGGAUUCUUCACCAACAUUGUAAGGUUUAUCUAUUCAUAUCCUCUCAGAGGAUCUCCGGAUGUCUUGUUGCAGAACCAAUUAAGGAAGCAUUUAAGCUCAUAGCUUCUCCUGAUGAUGAAAGACAGUUACAAAAAGAGAGCACCUCCUCGCCUUCAACCUCCAUUCAGUUUGGAAACAUUGUGUUUCAAAGAGAAGUAUCUAAAAGAUGUCGAGCAUCAGAUGAUAGAUUAGAAUGCGGAGCAAUAGUAUGCGAGGAAGAAGCUAAACCGGCUGUUUGUGGGAUUAGAGCGAUUUGGGUCUCACCUUCUAACAGAAGAAAAGGCAUAGCCACAUGGUUACUCGAUACCACGAGGUAAAGAACCUAAAACCAUUGUCGUGGUGAAUAAACAUUCAUACAUUAU